AUGACAGAUGCCCCUUCAUUUCUCGCCCCACGGCCCCCCGACGGCACCAAGCUGGAGAUGGACUUUCUAGACUCCACUUUCUUCAAGACCCCCGGCCAGCGGCUCCCGACGCCCGCAGAAGUCCGCGCCCUAUCAACAGAUCUAUACACAAGCCCUCAACCCAAACCGAUCACCUUCCGAAACCCAGAUAUCUUCGUCAAGUUCGGUCGCUACGUGACGGUUGCAGAGGCUCAGUGUCUUUGGAUGCUUCAGCGGGUGUUUCAAGGCACCGUGCCGGUUCCUGAGCCUUUCGGAUGGCGUGUUGAUGACGAGGGCUUCGUGAUCCAUCCAUUCACCCACCAAAACCUCCCCGAUUACACUUCAACGACUGGUUCUCCUCCCUCCCUCCCGCAAUCGCGUCUUCCGGCGUCCCUGGAAUACAAAGAUCCCUGUAGAGAUCUCCUACCAGAUGAUGGAGCCGUCACGUUCUCACACGCCGAUCUGCACAGAGGGAAUAUCAUGAUCUCCUCGUCUGCGCCUUUUCGUGUCCUUGCCGUCGUCGACUGGGGCCAGGCUGCCUGGUAUCCGGAUUACUGGGAGUAUUGUAAAGCGCUGUAUACCUGCUGGUAUGAGGAUGAGUGGCGGAGGGAUUGGGUUAAUAGGUUUCUAAGUCCAAGAUUGUUGGAGCCGCAGGUGUUUUCGGAAUAUACUAUGGCGAUUGGGGCUGUUUGGAUUGGGCUUAUACUUGAAAGGGGGGGGGGGGGGGGGGCACUGCCAGGUUAA